AUGGUUCGAACCAUAAAACUUCCUCUAAUUAACGGACAAAUUUAUACGGAUUAUUCGCCAACUAUUUAUCAAGGAUAUUUUACUAUCACUCAAUUUAACGAUCGUAUCGACCAAUUUAAUACUACAUCUCGACUUUAUAUAGAAGGAAAUUUCAUCAAAUAUAUAUUACCAGUGAUAAUUUUAGUAGGAAUUCCUAUUGUGGCCAAAUUAACAGUUGAUGGAUAUUUCUUUGGCAUAGGGUGCCUUAUUGGAAUUAUAGGAUUCUUCUGUAUCAAUUUUAUUAACUAUGUUUUAAGGCCAAGAUCGCAAUUAUCUGCAUUGAUGGGUUUAACACAGAAAUUUAACCGAGAAGAUAAUGUUAAGAACAUUAAUUGGAAGUUGAAUGUAGUUAAAGAAACCAACGAAGGUGAUUCUUUAUUAUAUCGGGUAGGCACUACCAUGAGUGUCUUACAACCUGUUAAAUUGGAACUUUUUAUCGAACUAGGCACAGCAGCAGAACCAAUGUUUAUCACACCUAAUAUUAAUGUCAUUGUUCAUAAAAAUCCGAGUCUUCGUCGCGCAACAAUCACAACCCAUAAUUAUGGAGCUACUCUUAGCGGAAUUACUGCAAGUCAUCAUGAUACAAAUA